AAUUAAAAGAGGAGGUGCAGGUCCAAUUGGGGGAGGUGGAGGGAGAGACCCUCAUUCAUCAGCUAACUCUCUUGGUUUGGAAUGAAUUCGGUUUUUCUUCAAGAAGACAGUAAGCAAUGUUGGGCAUUUCAUAUGGAGAAAUAGCUCUGUUGCUUGGAGCCACUGCUGCUCUGAUAGGGAAAAGUGCAAGUUGUGCUUUCCAUGGCCUUGUGCACAUCCAUGAUGACUUUCACAUCUUUAGAAACCCAGAUUUUGAGCAAUGGAAAAUGAUGGAUUGAAGGUACUUUAACGAAGUUGAAUCCUUCCCGGUGCUGGAAUUGAUAUCACAUUGUCCAAUAUGGCUUUUCAGUCAUUUUUUUCAAAGUAUAAAACCUCACCCUCUUUCUUUUGCACCCUUGUCCAACACAAACCCAAUUACCACAUUCAUUCUUUCCCAAACCCUCAAGUCUUAGGGCCAUCAUUACCAGACCUUGUCAAUGAGAUAUCCCGAGUACUCAGUGACCACCGAUACCCUCACCAUGAUCUAGAACUCUCUCUCAAGCCAUUUUCACCACAAAUAUCCACUAAUUUGGUCGAACAGGUCUUGAAAAGGUGCAAGAAUCUCGGCUUCUCAGCCCAUAGAUUCUUUCUUUGGGCUAAAUCAAUUCCAGGUUUUCAGCACAAUGAUGUGAGCUUCCACAUUUUGGUUGAAAUCUUAGGAAGUUGCAAACAGUUUGCCAUACUAUGGGAUUUUCUCAUAGAAAUGAGAGACUCUCGUUCAUAUGUAAUCAACGGUGAGAUUUUCUGGCUCAUCUUCAAGGCAUAUAGCCGGGCUAAUUUACCAGAUGGUGCAAUUCGGUCUUUCAAUAGAAUGGAUGAGUUUGGAGUUAUGCCAACUGUUCAUGAUUUGGAUAAGUUGUUGUACUUUUUAUGCAAAAGGAAGCAUCUCCAGCAGGCUCAACAAUUUUUUGACAAAGCUAAGAAUCGUUUCUCGUUAUCUGCUAAAACUUACAGCAUUUUGAUAAGUGGAUGGGGUGAGAUUGGUGAUUCAGAUAAAGCCCGUGAGCUGUUUGAAGCAAUGCUUGAACAAGGAUGUCCAGUGGAUUUGCUUGCGUAUAACAAUUUGUUGGGCGCUCUUUGCAAAGGUGGUUGUGUGGAUGAAGCUAAGAAUGUUUUUCACAAUAUGUUGUCGAAAAGAGUUGAGCCAGAUGCUUUUACUUAUUCAAUAUUUAUUCAUUCGUAUUGCAGUGCAAAUGAUGUGCAAUCAGCUUUCAGGGUUCUUGAUAAAAUGAGAAGGUACAACCUUUUGCCUAACGUUUUUACAUACAAUUGUAUUAUAAAACGACUCUGUAAGAAUGAACUUGUGGAAGAAGCUUAUCAAUUGUUGGAUGAAAUGAUUUCAAGAGGAGUUAAACCAGACAUUUGGAGCUAUAAUGCAAUACAAGCUUACCAUUGUGAUCAUUGUGAGGUCAAUAGGGCCCUGAGGUUAAUGUUUAGAAUGGAAAAAGAUAAAUGUCUUCCUGAUCGCCAUACAUAUAACAUGGUCCUCAAAUUGUUGAUCAGGAUAGGAAGGUUUGAUAAGGUAGCUGAAGUUUGGGAGAACAUGGUGGACAAAAAUUUUUUUCCAUCUGUCUCAACAUAUUCUGUCUUGAUUCAUGGUUUUUGUAAGAAGAAAGGAAAACUAGAGGAGGCAUGUAAGUAUUUUGAAAUGAUGAUUGAUGAAGGAAUACCACCUUAUAUUACUACUGUUGAGCUACUGAGGAAUCGACUCUUGGGUUUAGGGCUUUUAGACCACAUUGAAAUACUGGUUGAUAAAAUGAGGCAGAGCACUUCCCAUGCAAUUCAAGAAUUGGCAAAUAUUAUGAUUGGUAAUAGAGCAGCUCAUAAUACUUUGAGACGUGAUGAGACAGACAUAGAAAGUGACUGAGGAAGUGGCUAUUUGUUUCUCAUAGUACUUUCUCCUUAUUCUAUUUUGAUGAAUAUGUCGAGGAAACCAUUUCAUUGCUGCAGAGCACAUAAUGGAGAUGUUAAAUCUGUGGGCUAUGGUUAACUGAUGCAUUUUGAGGUUCUAACUAUUACUAUAAUCCUUCAAUGUAGCUUGUAUGAUACAAGUUAAUCUAAAUUUUAACCAUUGGAAAUUUUACAUGAAACACCUUAGUUUCUGUAUCAUGAAGAAAUGGUUGCCAGCUCAGUUCAUUCAUUAAGGCAGAGAUUAUGAAUUUUAUACCUUUAGUCAUUAUGGGUGUGGCUGAGAUUUAGCAUUAUGCAACUCCUUUUCGGGUUAUAUGCUCGUGCAUGUGAAUUUUGUGAACUUUUCAUUUCUCAUAAUGUUAUGGAUGAGAAGUUGCUCCAGCAUUUGGAUGCUACCAAACUGGUCCUGAUAUUUGUAUAAAAUAGGCAUCAAAAGAAUAAGAGGAAAGGUAAAGGCAUGUAUAGCUGAUCAAAUGGAAGGGGAACAAACAUGCAUUAAGAGUUACGAUACUCUAUUGCAUGGGAUUUGAUUGAAGAAAAUUAUUACUAUAACUUGGGAUGUACCUCCUCUUCCUCCUAAG